AUGUCGCUGUUGAACAUGGAAAUGGACGGAAAUCCUGUCCAAGUUACCCAGGAGAAUUUCCAGCAAGAAAAGCCCAUAAUCCUAGUUGCACUGAGAAGGCAGCAAGCUCAGGAAGAGGAACUGGGCAUCAGCCACCCGGUGCCCCUGCCCAGUGCCCCCGAGACGUUCGUUAAGAAGAACAGUGGUGGCAGCUCUUGUCUCUUGUUGGAAAACAGCAGCCCUACGCACUCGACAAGUACAGCCACGACGGCAGCUAGCGCACCAUCAGAGGGACGGAUGCUCAUUCAGGACAUCCCUUCCAUCCCCAGCAGAGGGCACUUGGAGAGCACGUCUGAUUUGGUUGUGGACUCCACCUACUACAGCAGUUUUUACCAGCCGUCCCUGUAUCCUUACUAUAACAACCUGUACAACUACUCCCCAUACCAAAUGGCAGUGGCCAGUGAGCCUUCCUCAAGUGAGACGGGGGGUACGAUUGUAGGGUCAGCCAUGAAAAACAGCCUUCGAAGCCUCCCAGCGACAUACAUGCCAAGCCAGUCGGGAAAACAGUGGCAGGGAUGGUGUUUUACAGAG